AUGGCAUUUGGCACGAGUCUUACUGUAAAUAACGUUUCCUGUGGCAUUGCUCGACAUCUCGCAGCCACGUCUGACCAUCUGCCACUAUUAGCAACUGUAGGCUGGGCCAACCCUCCGCUCCCUCAAGGGCGGCUCCGACCCAACACAUUGGACCCAACCCUAUUCAGGCAACUCUUGGAACUAGGCUGUGGAGGUCUAGGCCCCCUUCCAGUAUCCCCUUCAAGUGAAGAUCUAGACAAGCAAGCGGAGGUUCUCGUGCAAAUUAUACACGACGCAUAUUGCGGUGCUGCAAAGCGUGCUCUGGGUGCCAGACAUGGCAAUCCAAGUUGGAACGAUUCAUGCAAAGAGGCUAGAAAGGGCUACAAGAUAGCUCUACGGUCUUCUUCCAAUGAUAGUAGUGUUUAUGAUGCCCAAAAAGCCUAUAGGAAAACAGUACAAAUAGCAAAAACCAAUUUUUUCAAGACCAAGUUGGAGAGGGCUCGCACGGCUAAGGAGAUAUUUGGAGUAACUGAAUGGCAUAAAUCUACGGGAACUUUUUGUUUACGCCCGCUUAAAGACUUCCGCUUCCCAGAACGGUCUCCAGUCCAGAGUCUUGCCGGAAAAAUGGAGGUUCUUAUGCAAAAUCUACUCGCAAACCCCUCAGCAGUUGGUAACAUCCCUAUGGAUUUCCAACAGUUUCUUCAAACUCACUGCCAUUCCCAUCUCUUACCGACGAGGAAAUCGAAGACUCCAUCCUACGUGCUGGCAACACCGCUCCUGGUGCAGACGGAAUAUCCACAGCCAUUAUCCGACGCGCGUGGCCUUUGA